CUACAGUACAUAUCCGGCUGAAGAAAAGCAUCAAGCGGCUACAUCAAAAAAUAGUCAAGGUUCAGGAAAGACAAACAUGAGAAACCCAGACCUAGUUAUCAUUGCCCUGGUGCUCAGCUGUGUAAUAGAUGGUACAGUCCACAGCCAGGUAACCUGCCGCAGAGCCACGUCUCGUGAAUGGCACACUCAGCCAAAGAACAUCAGCGUGAGGUGGACCCUCAUGGAGAACACCUGCAGCAGCUUGACCCAGUGCUGGAGUAGACAAACAGAAACAAAUGGACACUUGUGGGCAACUGGGCCAUAUCACUUUCCUCAGCUUUGUCCAUUGGAAUUUCAGCUUGGAGAUGUGAUGUUUGUUUCUGCUGACAGAAAGCUGGAACAAUAUGGUAUCCACCUAAUUAUUGUGUCCAAAGAGGAGUUUGAAAACUGCUUGAUUUUAGAGCCAAGAAAGGAGCAGUUGGUGUUUGCCAACAAUAUUAAUGGUACUUUGCAAGUGGAAACAAAAUGGCUGAAGACCGGUAUGAAUUACUUCACUGUUGCUCAUAGAGGCAGUAGUCAUCUAUGUAGGCUUGGCCUACGCAUUGCACUUCUGGUAAAGCCUCAGCACUGCCAGAGCUCACCUCUUCUUCGCCUGUGUUCGGGAAAUGGUGAAUGCAGAACUACAUUUAAAGACGAUUCAUUCAGCUGUCAGUGCCACAAACACUUUUCAGGAAGUUAUUGCGAGAACAUUGAUGGAUGCUAUGAGCAGCCAUGCUUAAAUGGAGGCACCUGCCUGAGCAAGAGAACAGCCUACACAGAUCUGCCACCUUACGAAUGUCUUUGCUCCUCUCCGUUCACAGGUGUCAACUGCUCUGAGAUCACUGGCCAUCAAAAUUGCAGUAAAAGGUGCAAAGAUGGAGCUUGUGUACAAGUCUCAUCAACUUCCUACAGAUGUGAAUGUUUCACAGGAUAUACAGGUACUUACUGUGAGCGAAAGAGGCUCCUCUGCGAUUCAAACCCAUGCUGGAAUGAUGGUCGCUGUGAGGAGACUGCUAAUGGAUAUGUUUGCACAUGCCCAGGGGGUUUCACAGGCCUCAACUGUGAGACCACCACUGAGGCUGACAGCUACUGCAAGUCUAACAGAUGUCAACUGGACGAAGCUUGUGCCACAGACAAACUUAAUUUCACAUGUACUUGCGUAGGCCCGGAAUGCCCGGAGCAGGCAGAGGUGUGUGGAGCUUUGCCCUGUCUCAACGGUGGCAUGUGUGUAGUUCAGAAUGGCCAGUAUCAUUGCAGAUGCCGACCAGGUUUUUCCGGAAAGAACUGUGAAGAAAUAAUUGACUUCUGCAAGCUGCUCAAUAUUAACUGCCUGAAUGAGGGAUUGUGUCUCAGCCUAGUUGGAGGAUAUAAUUGUCUCUGUGCACCAGGAUGGACGGGGGAGUUUUGUCAGUACUUGGAUAACGCAUGCUUAGCCUAUCCAAACAGAUGCUUGAACGGAGCUACUUGCAUCAGUAUGAGUGAGCCAACUGCACCCCCGCACUAUAUGUGCACCUGUCUCCCUGGAUACACAGGACGCUACUGUGAGGCUGAAGUAAAUGAGUGUGAUUCCAGUCCCUGUCAGCACCAGGGAACAUGCACUGACUUUGUUGGAUUCUACAAAUGUGCCUGUCCUUCAGGAUACACUGGGGUUGACUGUGAGGUUGACAUAAAUGCAUGUGCACCUCCAAAUGUCACUUGUCCCCCUGGAACAUUCUGUGUGGAUUUGCCAGGUGACCAGCUCCAUAUAUGCCACACUCAGUGUCCUCGCUCUCUACAGCCUUGUGCCAAUGGAGGACAUUGUGUCCUUAACAACAUCACCAGUUACAGUUGUGUUUGUGCACCUGGAUGGACUGGGCCGACCUGCUUGGUCAACAUAAAUGAGUGUGUCCAGCACAGGUGUCAGAACGGAGCCACCUGUGUGGAUGUGGUUGGUGGGUACAGUUGCCUUUGCUGUCACGGAUAUACUGGAGUCCACUGUGAACUUGACAUUGACUUCUGCUCUGGGCAUCAGUGUUCAGAACACGCCUUCUGUCUGGACCGACAGCACAACUACACCUGCCACUGCAUGCUGGGAUAUGAAGGAACGUUCUGCGAGCUUGAGACAGAUGAAUGCAAAAGCGAACCAUGCACCAAUGGUGCCACUUGCAUUGAUUUGGUGGCAGGUUACCAAUGCCUGUGUGCUCCAGGAUUUAAGGGUCGAACAUGCUCCAAGAAUAUGAAUGAGUGCUGGUCCAGACCCUGCCUUAAUGGGGGCACCUGCAUUGAUCUGGUCAAUGACUACAUUUGUAUCUGUCCACUUGGAUUCACAGGACAUGACUGCUCUAUGCUGGUGGCAGGCUGCACUUCCAACCCAUGUGAUGCGAAGGGCACUUCCAUGUGCGAAGAGCAGCCGGGCGGUUUCAAGUGCACGUGUCACCACGGCUAUACUGGCCUAUUUUGUGAAACUUCUAUCAGUCACUGCAUUGAAGGAUUGUGUCAUCACGGAUCAAAGUGUGUCGAUCUCCUGCAGGGUUUCGUGUGUGAAUGUUUGCCUGGGUUACAAGGACGAUUCUGUGAGGAAAACAUUGAUGACUGUCUCAAUAAGCCUUGUGGUGCACUCAGUAUCUGUAAAGAUGGUAUCAAUGCCCAUGACUGUUUCUGUGCACCUGGGUUUGUCGGUCAUAACUGUGAGAUUGAAGUAAAUGAGUGUCUUAGUCUACCAUGUCAGAAUGGAGCUUCCUGCUCAGAUGAGCUUAACUCCUUCAGCUGUCUCUGCCCUUCCGGGACCACAGGCAGUUUAUGUGACAUAAACAUAGAUGAAUGUCUGUCAUCACCAUGCAUGAACAAUGGCACGUGUUUGGACCUCUCAGAUGGCUAUGAAUGCAUUUGCCCAUCAGGUUUCUCUGGUCCUGAGUGCUCGCUGGACAUUGAUGAGUGUCUCUCAUAUCCCUGUAACAAUGGAGGCACCUGCAUUGACCAACAGGGUAAUUACUACUGCCGAUGCGCGGCUCCAUUUAAAGGGAUUAACUGUGAGUUGCUGCCCUGUGAGGCCGUUAAUCCGUGUGAUAAUGGGGCAGAGUGUGUGGAGGAGGCUGAUCCCAUCCUCUUCCCUCUGGGUUUCCGGUGCCGAUGUCGCCAGGGUUUCAUGGGGCCCCGCUGUGAGAUCAACAUAGAUGAGUGCAGCUCCAACCCCUGUCUACACGGCUUCUGUUACGAUGCUGUGGAUGGUUUUUACUGCUUGUGUAACCCUGGUUACGCUGGAAUAAGAUGUGAGCAGGACAUCAAUGACUGUGUCAGCAACAUGUGUGAAAACAACUCGACUUGUGUGGACCUCCAUCUGAGUUACGAGUGCCUCUGUCGGCCAGGCUGGGAGGGGGAGUUCUGUCAGUGGGACACUGAUGAAUGUUCCUCAAACCCCUGUAAAAACAAUGCCACCUGUACAGACCUCCUCAAUGCUUACAGGUGUACGUGUCCUCAUGGCUGGACAGGCCUGGAUUGUGGAGAGGAUGUGAAGGAAUGUUCAUCCUCUCCCUGCCUGAACGGUGCACAUUGUGUGGAGUCUGACAUCCCAGGGGAGUUUUCCUGUACCUGCCCGCCCUUCUUUACCGGCCUCCUCUGUGAACAGACCUUCAACCCCUGCGACCUGCGGCAUAACCCCUGCCUGCACAACUCUACCUGCCAUGCCAAGUCAGAUGGAACCGCCCUCUGUGUUUGCCCAGUCGGGUUUGAGGGAACUCGCUGUGAAAUUGAUAGCGAUGACUGUGUCUCAAGACCUUGUCAGAACCAAGGCCAUUGUGUGGAUGGGGUCAACAGAUACAGCUGCUUCUGCAAGCCAGGUUUCUCGGGCCAACACUGUGAGAAAGACAUCAAUGAGUGUGCAUCCAACCCCUGCCAGAACGGAGGUGUUUGCAAAGACCUUGUGAACGGUUUCCAGUGUAGCUGUGUUCCCGGAUAUUUUGGAACGCUUUGCAACCUGGACAUAAACGAAUGUGAAGAUUCCCCCUGCCUCCAUGACUCUAUGUGCAUCAACAAACCUGGGGGAUUCAUAUGUGUCUGCCAUAGUGGCUUCUCAGGUAAAUGGUGUGAGCUGAACAUUGAUGAGUGCAAAUCUAAUCCAUGCCGAAACAACGGGAUGUGCAUCGAUGGUCUUGAUGGUUACCAGUGUGUGUGCUCCAGAGGAUUCAUGGGCUAUCACUGUGAGAGAAACAUUGAUGAGUGCUCGUCCAACCCCUGUGUUCAUGGGAGUUGCCUGGAUGAAACUGAUGCAUACAGCUGUCAGUGUGAGGUUGGAUGGACUGGUCACAUAUGUGAGAUCAACAUUAAUGAGUGUGAAACUCAUCCUUGUCUUAAUGGAGGCUCCUGUGUGGAUCUUCUGGACAAAUACGCCUGCAUAUGUGCAGAAGGUUUCACUGGGAAGAACUGUGAGAUUGACCAGAAUGUGUGUCUGCAGACGUCUCAUAAUUUCUCCCUAUGUUUCAAUGGAGGGACAUGUGUGGAUGGACCAGGGGCCAAUUUCACGUGCAGCUGCCUGCCAGGUUUUGUUGGAGAUUUCUGUGAGGUAGAGAUGAAUGAAUGCUGCUCUGAGCCCUGCUUUCAUGGGGCCAUCUGCCAAGACCUCAUCAAUGGCUACCAAUGUCACUGUCGACCAGGUUGGACAGGCCUUCACUGUGAAGAUGACAUUAAUGAGUGCUUGCUGCAACCAUGCAACCAGGGAAUGUGCAUCCAGAAUGAACCUGGCCAUGGCUACACCUGCUUCUGUCGGCCUGGAUUUGUGGGGAAAAACUGUGAAUAUAAUUAUGAUGACUGCUUGAUCCAGUCAUGCCCUGAUGGGUUUUCCUGUAAGGAUGGCAUCAACAAUGUCAGCUGUGUCCCUGUGAAUACCAACACAUCCACUGUUCCUCCAAUCUCUGUUGUAUCGUGGAGAACCAUGAACCCCAUCCCAGAGUUACAACCCACUUUAGCACCUGUGGAGAGCUUCCAAAACACUGAGCUGCCGACAGAUAUUAGUUUUGGGAGAUAUUCUGGGAAAUCCUUUUUGGAGUUUGAGGGCAUUGAAGUCGGUGCUGCAUUCAGUGUCACGGUGAGAUUCCUUACUGAAUCCAUGUACGGAACCCUGCUGUAUUCAGCCAGUGCCAUAAAAGGCAUCUUCUUCGUCAAACUCCACGUUUCCAAUGGAACGCUUCAGUAUGACUUUUUGUGCAACCAAAAGGAGGGAGCUCAGCGGAUCAAUACAGCACAGCACGUUGCUGAUGGAAAUGAGCAUGUGCUGCUAUUGAGACAGUAUCUUUCUCCGUGUGCAGCCGAAGUCACUAUUUCAGGCUUUGGGACUGUCAGAAGUAUUCCAAGCAAUUUCACAACAGUCAUGAAUUUACAGCGAACUGACAGGAUCUUCAUCGGAGGACUUCCUCUUCUGUAUCCACCUCAUAAAGAAGCUGAGCCUUUCCACAACUAUACCGGCUGCAUUGAAAUAAUCGAAAUUAAUAAGCUCAGAAGAUUCCGUGUGGACCAUGCCAUUGCCAGGAACAAUGUUGACUACUGCAGGUCUCCGUGGCAUCAUGACCCUCCUGCAAACUCCACAGAUUCCCCUCCUGAGUUCAUUACAGUGGAAACCCCUCCUGACGGGCGUAUCCCACCCACCCAGCCUUCACCUGUCUGCCCACAGGGGCUCUGUCUCAACGGCGGAUCCUGUCGGCCCAUCUCUCUGCCCAGCGGAGCCUCGUCUUUCUUUUGUGACUGUCCUCUGCACUUCACAGGACGCCGGUGUGAACAAGAUACCACAGUCUUUUUUCCUCAAUUCGAUGGUACCUCUUUCUUGGAGUUGCCAUCUCUGACAUCCCUGUUUCAGUCAGACACUCACUUUCCAAGCCAUUCCUCUGAGGACAGGAGGACCAUGUAUUUGACAAUGAAGAGCAAGACACCUCAUGGUACUAUUCUCUACUCCCGGGAGCAGAAUUUUGGAGUCCGUUUCCUCCAUGUGUUUCUCCAGAAUGGAAGACCGGUGGCCAAGUUGGGCUGCAGCAGCAUUCAUGUUUUGACUGCAGCUGCUUCACAAAAUAUCCAGAACAAUACCUUGGUGCCAAUUAUAGUGAGGUGA